UUUGUUGUAUAUUUUUCAUCUCACCACUCAUCGUUGUUUCUCUCAGAAAAAAGCAAAAGGCAAUUAAAUUCUGUGAAUGAAUUGCAUUUUUUUUAUCAAAAAAAUUCUCUGGAAAUUAAUUUGAAAAAUCCUUUCAAAGUUUCUUUGAAAUCCUUGAAUUAAAUACAAAGUAUGAGAAAAUAGUCCUUGAACAUUUGUUUGGUUUUUUAAUCUCCGAGAAAAACCUUCGAAAAUAACAAUAAUUUUGUUUUCCAACUGCAUUUUUUUUUGCAUUCAUACAAAUUGUGUACGAGUGUAAUUACGCGAGAGUGUGUAUAGUAGUAUUUCUUCAUCAACGUGUGUUUUCGUCGUGUUUUUUGGUCAUCAUUGCGUAUGUGUAUGUGUUGAAUAUUUUUGCAGCCGCCUUUGCUGUCAUUUAUUGAAACUGACAUUUGCCGUGUAUGGUGAAUUCUCUCUCUUGCAAAUUGUUGUUUUUUUUCUGUCUUCUUCAUUGUGUGUUGUAUUUGCAGAUUGCCAAUUGCGUAAAGUCUGUGCAAAGUUUUCGCUGUCGUUCUUGUGCCAUUCGUGUGCUUUCUGCGACAAUUUCUAAACAAACAAACCUAGAAAUCAUUAAAAUAAUCACUUUUCUUUAUGUGCCACUAAGAAUUUGUUCAACAAAUCCUCCAGAAUAAAGUGAAAUUCGUAAAUUAAAAAAUUAAGAAAAAACCGAAAUUGGUGAAAAUAGACUGAUUCAAGUGCCUUCAAUUGAAUGCAUUUUCUCUCUCUUUACUCUCGUGUAAAAUUUUUUCUCCCCUUGCACUUGCUCUUUAAACAAAACAAACAAAAAAGUGCUCACCACCCCCACACAUUUGAACAAUUCUGCAAAAAGUAAAUCAACUCACACAUAUUCAAGUGUGCUAUUGUAUUCGAUUUGAUUUUUGUUUGUAAAUUCAAACAAAAAAAAUUAUAAAUUGUUUGCUUGUGAACUUUUAAAUUCGAUUUGAAAAUUAAUUGUGGUGAAUUUAUUAUUCCAAUUGGACAAAAAAAGAGAAAACAAAAACAAGCGGCUGCCAUCAUAAUUUCUAUCUGUGUAUUGUGUGUUGGUUUUUCUCUUUUUCGCUCUCAUACACAAGAAGACAUUUUGAAUUUUAUGCAGAAUCUCAGCGAAUAUCUGUCAAAUUAGAGUUUGUUGUUUUUUUUUAUUGUGUGCUCUUAAAUUUUUGCCCGGCAUUUCAACACAAAAAUAAUAACAAAAGAAAAUAACCAAAAAGCGAAUUAGUUUUUUUUUUCGAUUGAAAUUUACAUUUUUGUAAUAAUUAAGUGAUUGACUAGAAAGUUACAAACACGAUAAGAAUGCAUCAGCCACGUUAUAGUCCAGCUCCUCAGCCGCAAGUAGGAGGUCUAGCAGGCAUGCGGCCACCGGCUCAACUUCCGAGGCCACAAACUUUUACAAACGUAAGUUCCAACACUCGAUCGAACACACAAAUUCUCAAUCACAACCAAAAGGGAAGUACAACAGCAGCGCCGCGUUCGGCAUACCCGGGAGCUCCGCCCCCAGCCCCGGUAUCAUUGAAAGGGGCCCAGAGGCCAGCUAUGACUAGUCCAGCUGCAGGUGGAUUAGCUGGUGCUCCAUAUAGAGGUGCUAGUUGGACACCCCAGGGUUACGCACCGGCGGCCGCUGCUGCACAACAGGCCUACAGAUAUACAGCUCCUUUGCCACAACCAGCUUAUGCCGCAUAUACACCUCAUACAACAACAACUACAACGGUAAGACCAAUUGAGUUUAAUGGUAAUCUGCUUAUGUACGGACAAAGAGUCCCAACAGCCGCAUCACCUAGCAAUACAAACUCAAGCAGUUCAUCAAAUACCGGCUCACAGAGCGGAACCAUAAGUACUAGUCUGAGUAAUACCAAUACUAAUACAACAAUGGGUCCUAAUAACACACAACAACAGGGCGAGCAGCUAUCGAAAACAAAUUUAUACAUUCGUGGCCUGCAACAAGGCACAACUGAUAAGGACUUAGUUAGCAUGUGUGCACAAUACGGAACUAUAAUAUCAACAAAAGCGAUCCUAGAUAAAACAACAAACAAAUGUAAAGGCUAUGGAUUUGUAGAUUUCGAGCUGCCAACAUAUGCAGAGGGCGCUGUUAAAGGUCUCCAAGCGAAGGGCGUUCAAGCUCAGAUGGCCAAAGUGGGUAUCUGGGUGCUUCAUAGGCCGGCCAUUCAACAAGAACAGGAUCCUACAAAUUUGUACAUUGCAAAUUUGCCACCACACUUCAAGGAGACAGAUUUAGAGAAUAUGCUAUCGAAAUACGGUCAAGUGGUGUCCACACGUAUCCUUCGUGAUCAGCAGUGUAAUUCUAAAGGUGUUGGCUUUGCACGUAUGGAAAGUCGUGAAAAAUGCGAACAAAUUAUACAAAUGUUUAAUGGUAAUCAAAUACCGGGUGCCAAAGAUCCAUUAUUGGUUAAAUUUGCCGAUGGUGGACCCAAAAAGAAGAAUCCCUUCAAGAGUCCCGAUCAAAAUGCUAGAACGUGGCGUGAUGUUGCUGCCGAAGGUAUACCAGUUGCAUAUGAUCCAACAAUGCAACAAAAUGGUGUUAGUGUUAAUGUUGGUACACCAAUUGGGGUGCCAUAUACACGUUUUGGUGCACCACAAGUUGGUGCCUAUCCAAUGGCUGGUUCACAAUGGAUUCCAAGUUAUAUGAUGACACAACCGAUCACUCAGGUAGAGGAUCAGUAUAUGCAAAUGGCACCACAAUUAGGUGUUACUCCAUAUAAAACAGAUGGUGUUAACCAGGUUCAACCACGUGGCAUUUCAAUGAUGGUUAGCGGUGAUACAGUGCCAUAUGGAACAAUGAUGCCACAAUUAGCCACAUUACAAAUUGGCAAUUCGGGUCUUGAGGAACUUUUUGACCAAAAUCGUUUGAUGUUCGAAGCUUGUGCCAUGCAGAAUUUCUCUCCAUCAUUACAGUAUAUUAGUCCAUCGUAUCCAUACUAUCCACCACCAACGAUAAUUCCAACAAUGCCAAUGGCUGAUUCGGAACAAGCUAGCACGGCUGCAUCCCCCGACGAGGCAUAUACACAAUAUGCGCAUCAAGCUGGACCGAAAUAGGUCAUCGAGAGAUCUAAUCACCAAAUACCUCAUAAACUACAUCCAAUAAAGGUGAUUGUGUAAACACGGACUUCUUUAACAAAAAAACAAAAAAAAUUAAUAAACAAAAUAAAAUAAAAAAAAAACAUAAAAAAGCGAUUUUUUCCAUUGAAAAGUAAUUUAUAUGAAAAAUAAAAACAAAAAAAUGAAAGACUCAACCAAAACAAAAAAACACACUAAAACAACUAUUUCAAAAAAAAAAAAUAAAAUAAAACAAAAAUAAGAAAAUCAGAAAGAAGAAGAAGGUGAUAUGCAAGGCAACAAAAUUUAAAUAAAACAAAAGAAAACAAAA